AAAAAGGAACUGCUUUAUUUGCAUAAAUGCUGCGCGUGUCUGCAUGUAUAUUUUCAUUUGACUCGGUCAGUUUGGUGUCAGCCGUGAGUGGACUGGACUUGUCGCUGAGUGGGAAGAUCGGAAUGCGAGCAGUGGCGUACUACAUGCUGACGACGGUGAUGGCGGUCAUUCUGGGGCUCAUUUUGGUGAGCACGAUUCACCCGGGCCAGGGGAAUGCGGACGACAUCCACCGGGAAGGCGGCGUUCGCAACAUCACCACGGCCGACACUCUCAUGGACCUGGUGCGGAACGUGUUUCCGCCCAAUGUCGUCCAGGCCGCCGUUUUCAGCUAUCGAACGAAGCUGAUUCCACCUCCUCCUCCAUCAACUAACGAUGAUGAUGGUUGGGUGUCAAGUACCAGCAGCCGGACUCCGAUAACGUCUUUGUAUGACCUUUCCUCUGAGCACCCCGAGAUGGCAACACCGAUGAAUAAUGGAAACGACAAGCUGGAUCACAAAUCCUUGUACAACUGGGAAAUCAAGGGCUCCUACGAAGAAGGCACCAACAUCAUGGGCCUCGUCAUGUUCAGCUUCAUCCUGGGCGUCACCCUGUGCAAAAUGGGCUCCAAGGGCAAACCCCUGCACGACUUCUUCGCCUGUCUCGCCGAGGCCAUGAUGGUCAUCACCAACUGGGUCAUCAUGUUGUCGCCGAUCGGCGUGUUCUUCCUCAUCGCGGGUCAACUGCUGGAGAUGAACGACUUCGGGGUCAUUGUCGGGCAGCUGGGCAUGUACUUUGUCACGGUGCUCGUGGGUCUCUUUUUCCACGGAUUCAUCGUGCUGCCGACUAUUUACGGACUGGCCACGCGAACCCUGCCGUUCCGCUUCGUGCUCAACAUGACUGAGGCUGGUCAUGACCUUGCUUUUUUUGUAUAUUCAGGUGUUUGGAAAACAGAAAUGGCGUUGAUCCGCGGAUUUCCCGAUUCGUCUUGCCCAUUGGAGCCACUAUUAACAUGGAUAGCAGGAAUUCCUCAAGCAGGACUCGUCACUCUCGUCAUGGUGCUCGACACUGUCGGUCUGCCGGCUGAAGACGUCAGCCUUAUCGUCGCUGUCGACUGGCUCUUGGACAGAUUCAGGACAGCAAUCAACGUGCUGGGCGAUGCCCUGGGGGCAGGUAUAGUCGCGCACCUGAGCCAAAAGGAACUGGACGACUCGACGGCAGCGCACAAGUCCCGCAAAUUCAACGAAAAUGAAGACGAGGAAGAAGAAGAAUGGGACAAAAUCAAUGGUCAAAAGUACAACAGAGCUUUGCCAUCUGAUGUCGAAGCAGCUGGACACGUUGAGCUGACUGCCAUGUGAGAGUCCUGCUCUUAAUUUUUUUUUUGGUGGUCACCCUGGACAUACGAGGCUUUUUCACCUUCUAUUUUCCUCUUUUUUUAAGCUAAGAAAAAAGAGCGACGGAAAGGAAGAAAAUCUCCGCAAAAUAAAAAGCAGCUGAUGGUGUGGGAAAUUUCUCGACAAAAUUCCGAGUUGCAAAUAUACAUAGACGUAUACAUGAUGGACGCCUUUAUUUGGCAAAAUUAAGUCAACCCCUGUGACCCGCGUUUAUCAAGAAAUUUGGUUUUGUCUUUUGCUUUUUUUUUGCGUUGCAUACAUUUGUCUUCCUGGAUAUAAAACAUCCACGAUCUGAUUCCCCAGCAGAGGAUUAAACCUCCGAGCUUUUCAAAUAUUGUAUUUAUUGUUUCGUUUUUGAAAGAAAAUUUGGAAAUGCCCGAGCAAAGGACGCAUUCAUUUUUUUUCGAGGAAACUAAAAAUAUUUCGUGAGUUUCUGGAGGUGAAGUAAUUUCAAUUGUUGCCUAUUUAAUUAUCUAUGGUGCUCUUGAUGACCAUUUUUUGUGGUAGAAUUUUUUUAAGGGCAUGACUGAAAUUUUAGGCUUUUCAAAAUGUCUGCUCUUGUUUUAAAUUAUCUGUUUUUCUCUCCGUCGUAACGUAUAGAAAAUACAGCAAGGAAAAAAUCCGGUGAUCUAUUUUUAGCAGCUGUUUCUCGAUCUCUGCUGUAUUUUCUCCUCGAUUACAAAACAUACGGUAUUGAGAAACUUUAAAUAAAUAUGUGUUCGUGCAUUUAUUUAUAAUGCGAUGAAGUGUUGACUUAUUCCUAUCAAUAAGCGUCUUCCUUUAUCACAAACGGAUACAAUAGUGAGUUUUAUGAAGAAAAUGUUCCAAAAUUUUGAGAAACAAAUUUUGGGUUGUACAUUUUUGCCUAAAUUCUUUUUUUUCAAUGCCUAAAAUUAGUUGGAGACAAUAUUGCGAAACCGCUUCGAAAAUUUCGUUAAGGAAUAACUGUAUGUAAAAAUUGGAAACAAUUUGGUAAACAUUUCAAGUAUGCAUCCCCAAAAAAUUUAGACUAAAACGGAGGAGCAGUUGCUUUUUUUUUGGCGUCAGGACUUCUCAGAGACUGAAAUUUCUUAAACAUAUUAAAUGAGCAUUUAUAUUAGAAAGAUUUUCUCAUAUGGAAUUGGUUAAACCAGCCUAAUGUGUUGAAAGUAUGGUGAGAGGUUAUAUACAAAGUACAGUAUUUGUAAAGCUGUUUGUAUACACUUCAGAAAAGUGAAUAAGAAAUGCCACACUUGUUAUAUUCAGCUAAAAAACAAAAGUGCUUGUUCUUGUUUGGAAAUUGUUGUGCGAGUACCAAUGGGAAUUUUCGAGCAUUGUUGAAAGCGAUAUCAAACGCUUUUGUUUCUUAUCAUCUGAGAGCUUAUUGGAAUAAGUUCGUACGUUUUUCUUGUGUCCGUAUUUCUGGGACUACUGUAUAUGCGUGUCGACGAGAGAUGAGGUAUAUCCGUAAAAAAAUCAGAUUUCAGGAAGUUGAAAAGUGUUUUAUAUCCUUUCUUGCGUGUUAUACAUAGGGGAUAGAAGUGUGCUGGAAAAACAAAAAUCGAACCUAUUUUUUCUUGCUUUUUAUGACUGAAUGGUGAUUGUGAUUGAUGAUAUAUGCACAUUGUUUGAGCGGAGUGGCGAGAAAACUUGAUGAUUAUAUGGGUGUCCUUCGUAUGUUAAUUAUGAUUGGGGGAUUUAGGAAAUGAGAGCAGAAGUGUGAGAAGACCAGAGUUGGAUGCAUCAUAGCAGAAAUGUUUUUUUUU